AUGUAUGUGAAAUAGUUUGAUACAUUAAUGUUUUACUAUGUUAUUUUAGUGAAUUUAGUGAAUGUCACUUUUUGUAAUUUUCAAAUUUCCCGCCGUUCCGUCCCGAUGUCGCAGGGGACGAAACCCAGAAGACAGAUGCCGGCAUCCGCCGGAGGACAUUACAGGGGACACUGCAGGAGGGACAUCGCGGGAGUGAAGGACAAGGUAAGAGAAGAACAGAUCCCGGAGCAGCACCGCAUGGUAAGCCCGAGUGUAGCUUGGGGUUACCGCUUGUGCUACACUCGGGAAUACCGCCAGGGAUUCUAC